UAAUAUUUAUUUCAAAACAACUGAAUAACAAAGAAAAAAGGAAAUGUUUCAAACUUAUACACAUCUACGAGUAAUGCUAUGGAAGCUUGUAUUUCUCAUCCUUAGUCAUAGUGUUGUUUCCAAACACACAACACUUCCAUUGGUCAUCAAUACAUGGGCAUUCAAAGAAGCAAACGAAGCCGCCUGGAACACAUUAAUGACCGGUGCAAGUGCUUUAGAUAGCCUUGUUGAAGGCUGUUCAACGUGUGAAACAUUACAAUGUGAUUUUACCGUAGGCUAUGGUGGUUCUCCCGAUGAAAAUGGGGAGACUACACUGGAUGCCAUGAUCAUGGAUGGUUCAAACAUGAAUAUAGGAGCUGUAGCAGGUAUGAAGGAAAUAAAGUCGGCCUCAAAAGUAGCACGAAUGGUUUUGGAACAUACUAAACACACCAUGUUGGUGGGAGACGAGGCAAGUAACUUUGCGGAGAUGAUGGGAUUUCAGCGCGAAUCUUUGACAACUGAGAAAUCAAAAGAAAUGUGGCGUGAAUGGCGUGACAAUGAAUGCCAGCCAAAUUUUUGGCUCAAUGUUUUACCCGAUCCCGCUAAACAUUGUGGGCCAUAUAGACCGCUAAAAGAAAGAGAUUUGUUUGAAAAAAAUUCGUAUUACUCCUACAAAGUCGAUCAAUGGAACCAUGAUACCAUAGGCAUGAUUGUUAUCAGCACCGAAGGUCAUAUAUUUGCUGGUACCUCAACUAAUGGGGCAAAACAUAAGAUACCUGGUCGAGUGGGUGACUCUCCGUUGCCCGGAGCCGGUGCUUAUGCUGACAAUGAAGUAGGAGCUGCCGUGGCUACUGGUGAUGGUGAUGUCAUGAUGCGUUUUCUGCCUUCAUUUUUGGCCGUUGAGUCCUUAAGAAAUGGUUUAACUCCCCAAGAAGCAGCCGCUAAGAGUAUGAUAAGAAUAGCAAAAUUCUAUUCUAGUUUUAGUGGUGGUCUAGUAGUUGCGGACAAAGAAGGAAAUUUCGCUGCGGCUUGUGUGGGUCUGGAAAAUUUUCCGUAUACGGUAGCCUUCGGAGACACCAAUACCACAGUAUUGCAUCAAGAAUGCAUUAAAGAAAUAGGUAAUAAAAAUGAGUUGUAGCCAUAGAAAAAGUUUGCCAUAAAUAAAGUUGUAAGUUGGAAUACAGUA